GUCAGUGGAACAAUGUAUAAUACUGGGAGGCAUGUUUCUCUACGCCUGGAUAAAGAACAUCUGGUGAAUAUCUCCGGAGGGCCCAUGACAUACAGUCACCGACUAGAAGAAAUAAGGUUACAUUUUGGCAGUGAAGACAGCCAGGGAUCAGAACAUCUGUUGAAUGGACAAGCUUUUUCUGGGGAGGUUCAACUAAUCCACUAUAACCAUGAGUUAUAUACAAAUGUCACAGAAGCUGCAAAAAGUCCCAAUGGCUUGGUGGUAGUUUCUAUAUUUAUGAAAGUUUCUGAAUCAUCAAAUCCAUUUUUAAAUCGUAUGCUUAACAGAGACACCAUAACAAGAAUAACGUAUAAAAAUGAUGCAUACUUACUGCAGGGACUUAAUAUUGAGGAACUUUAUCCUGAAACCUCUAGUUUCAUUACAUAUGAUGGGUCCAUGACAAUUCCACCCUGCUAUGAAACAGCAAGUUGGAUACUAAUGAACAAACCUGUCUACAUAUCAAGAAUGCAGAUGCAUUCUUUACGGUUACUAAGCCAGAAUCAGCCUUCACAGAUUUUUCUGAGUAUGAGUGAUAACUUCAGACCAGUCCAGCCUCUCAACAAUCGAUGUAUCCGAACAAACAUCAACUUUAGUUUACAAGGGAAAGAUUGCCCGAACAAUAGAGCACAGAAACUACAGUAUAGAGGUAUGUCCCCAACACUAUAUUCAUUUCAAGGUAAUGUUUUCUGUUUUGGAAUCCCUUUUGUCUUACAAUGUCAGUUUAAGAAGGUUUGAUCUACUGGUUAAAUUGUUUGUUUGUCAGGUCCAAUAUUUUCUACUUUAAUAACCUCUCUUCACAGUCUCGGACAAGGAUCUUUCUGGUGAGUAAGUAGAAAUGCUAAGAUUAAAACUGGGAUUUUUGGAUGUGGAAAAUAUAUGUUCUGCCACUACAGAAGACAGCUCUUUCAGUCUUCUAAGGAGGCUUCAAAACAUUCAGAAAAAUAACUCUUUCUGAAGGGGCCAAACAGACCUGGCAUGGUGAUAGUUGGAGUUCUGGCUACUGAAUAUGAAUGAAAGCUGUACCAGAAGUUGGGGUUGAAAAUAAAUAUCCUUGAAAAAACUAAAGAUAUCAUAUUGUAUCCUUUCUAAAGGAUUCUGCAUAACAUGCGCUGGGAUAAACAGAUUCUGUUUCAAAACAGUGGAAUCAUUUAUAGGCAACAAAACCCAGAUUUUAAGAUUCAAGAACAAAUGCCAGCAAGAGGUCACAGAUUUAAUUAGUCCAUUUCCCCAGGUUGGCAUAACUUAUUUGGCGAUCAAGGAGGAGAAAGUAGGUGUAAUUUUGUUUGGUUUUGCUUUUUUUAGUAAGA